ACAAAAUAGUCAGCCAUAUUGAAAUUCGAAGUAAAAAAUGGAAAACUGAGGUGUCAUCAUUUGUUGAGGUUGUUAUUCUAAUUAUUUAUUGUAAAUUCAUUACAAAUUAUUGAAAAGAAUAUUGUUAAUCUUUGGUGUUGUUCGUGGGUUCAUUUCGUGAGGUGAUUCUGUGGAAGUGUUAAGUGUAUCAUUUGGGUGGAUUUAUUAUUCGUCAAAAUUGCUUCAGUUUUCUGGAAUCGACCUAGGUACAUUCAAAAUGAGACGAGGUUCGCACGACAUGCAGGUCAAUGUUGCCGGCCUCAGGCGUAAUUUGAAAAAUUUCGCUCACAAUUACUCGGAUGCGCAGAAGAAGGUGCGCGAGGCCACGUCCAACGACCCGUGGGGGCCCAGUAGCACCCUGAUGGCCGAAAUAGCCGACCUGACCUACAACGUGGUCGCAUUCACCGAGAUAAUGCAGAUGGUCUGGAAACGGCUGAACGAUCACGGCAGAAACUGGAGACACGUUUACAAGGCUCUGGUACUGUUGGAAUAUCUGAUCAAGACGGGAUCGGAAAAGGUUGGACAGCAAUGCAAAGAGAACAUAUUCGCCAUUCAGACGCUGAGGGACUUUCAGUAUCUCGAGGAAGGCAAAGAUCAGGGGCAAAAUGUCAGGGAGAAAGCGAAGCAACUGGUGAACCUGCUGAAAGACGACGAAAAAUUGAAAAACGAAAGGGCCAGAGCUCUGAAAGCCAAAGAACGAUUCGCGCAGAGCGCAAGCGCCUUCGGUAGCGACACAGGGAUAGAUACACCAACGAGUCCUAGAUUUCCGGCGUUUAGAGGCGAUUGGAGUGGCAGUCGCGAUGCGGCCAAAUCUGUUUCAGUGGAUCUACCCAGAGAAAUCGAGAACGCGAGGCCGCAAACUGCCGGCGAGGAAGAGCUGCAGUUGCAGUUGGCUCUGGCCAUGUCCAGGGAGGAGGCGGAGCAGGAGGAACAAAAGAGAAAAUCCGACGACGUCCGGUUGCAACUUGCCCUCAGUCAAAGUCAACAAGAUUUCAAAAACCAAGAAAAGAAGCAAGGACACAUGGUCGACUUAUUAGACGUGAAUUUGGGGGAUGCAACGGGGGUUCAAUUGGAUCCGUGGGGUAUGCCAGCCCAGGAUAAGACACAGCAGUCCUCUACGUGGCACGAUCAUACCUCACCAAACCACGUGGGAAACGCAGCCUCCGCCGAUCCAUGGACUCCCGCGAUCGGCCAGGCUGCUAAAACGGAAUCCUGGGUCGUGCCCUCGUCCGCCAACAUAUUGGAUUCCACGCUUCCGCCAAGGCCUAAAGAAUCGGAGACGAAGAACGACCCGUGGUCUCCGGCUAGUCAGAGUUCCUCGACCGAUCUCGACGAUUUCGAUCUGAUCAUGAACAGGAACAGGUCGCCGCAGACGGUUCAAUCUAACGUUACAGUCAGCAAUAACAAUGGGGAUCCGUUCGAACUGAGCCUUCUGGGUGACAGUUUACCCGAGACGCAAACCGCUGGGUCAGCCACCGGUGUGACCAAAAAAACACCUCAGUCUUUCCUGGGCGAAAAUUCUUCAUUGGUUAAUCUGGACAAUCUGGUGAUGAGUAAAACAGCGAAUCCACAAGGAGCGAACCCUUUUCAGGACCAACCACCCAGGCCGGUCUUCAACACCACCCCAGUCAAACCUUCGAUGAACGAAAUCAAGCAAGCUUCAUUUGCACCGUUCACUGCACCAGCACCUGUCGUUUUUCCCUCACCUGGCCAGUACGCAUUAGGACCUAGUUUGGGCAAUGGUUUUGGGCCUAACUAUCUGACUGUCAAUCAAACUGUACAGGACCCUUGGACCCCUGUGCAAAGUACAACAAAUAGUCAGUCCCCUUGGACGAAAGCUAACGAACCAGCGAAUCCAUUUUUAUCUUAACAUUGGAAAUUCGAUGUUUUGAAGUAUUUCAUUACUCAAGUUACAUCGCUAUGAAGACGGCGAAAAGACAACAAAAGGACUAAGGUGAUUAUGAAAAUAAUAGUUUGAUAAUAAUAAAAAUUUUCAUCAUAAAUUGAAGUGAUAUAAAUCUAUGAAAAAUGAUUGGUACGAAACCGUAACUUCAACUUGAUCAUUCACCAUUUCACAUUCAUUUCAGUCGAGUAAUUGUUGUUGAUACAAUAAUUUUGAAUACGGCAGUUCCUUUGAAAGAGAAUUCUUAUCUGAAAUUCUUGGUUGGCAAUACAAUUGAACUUUUUUUUAUCUAGCCAUUUGUCAAUUGUCGAGCAUUUGUGAAGGUUCAUUAUUAAUUGAAGAAACUAUUUAUAUAUUUUUCUACAUGUAAUUUAGGACUUAUAUAGGAAGUUUAAAUUGUAUUUUCUAAUAAAGUCCAAAAAAAUUGUAAAAUGAUUUUACAUAAUAAUAUGUAUAUAAUAUUAUGAUUGUAUAAUUAUAUUGAGAUAUUUAUCUGUUUUACUAAAACAUCAAUGAAAUUAUAUGAAAUUUGAUUUUUUUCCGAAAUAGUCGAGAUUUAUCUCAAUUGUUUUUAUUCAUAAUGAAAUAAUAAAUUUCAUUUUUAUAGACUUCUUAUAUACAAGGUGAUUUUGUAAAUUACGGUGGGGAAAAUACUAUUGGUGCUAUGAUCACUUCUGACCUUACCAGCAGCUAUUUUUUUUUUCUUCUAUUGAUGAAGCAAUAAAGUCCUAAGAUUCUUUCCUCAACAUCUUCAGCACCGACUGAAUAGCAUUUAAAAUUCGAUUCACAUUCAAAUGAAUUAAUAGCUGCUUUCAACCUUAAAAAGAUAAUAACUGUUAUGCCAAAAAACCUUAAAAUUUUCCUGAUAAUUAUUUUUUAAAUAUCUUCCAAGGCUUGCUUUAUGGAAUUUUAACGACACUUUCUCAAUGUUUCAUUCCUUUGCCAGCAGAAUCAUUGAAUUUUUAUUUCAAAGUUGUGAAAAGCAUUUUUAAUUUUAGUAUUUGUGGCAGGCUUUCAGUUCUGUUUUUAGAAAGCGUAUGAAAUAUUAAGUGAUUAUUGAAACCCCAAAAAAAAUGAAUUAAUAUUGUGGAAGUUUUAUAUUUAUGAAUUAUAUUGGACCUUGAUAUUGAGGAAGUUGAAAAUCCUCGCUUAACGAUCAGUAUGUUGAAAGUACGAAAUGGUUGAUGCAUUUUUAUAUUGUACAUAUGUACAUAUUGACAUUUUGUGGAUGAAAGUUGAAUUUUUGGAAUUAACUCAUGAAUAAAAUGAUAGCUAGACAAAUUUUCAUAUAAAUUAUAUGUAAUUUAUUUCAUACUAAAAUACGUCUUUUGCAUUAUUGUAUAGAAUGUUAUAAGUUUAAAUAUCAUUCAUUGAAUUAUUGUCUAUUGAAUUUUUAUCAUUGUUAUUAUUUAUGCUUUUUGCAAUAUAUUAUUUAGUAAUUUGAAA